AUGUCAAAGGCCGAGGAGGCCAAGAAGCUGGCUGGGCGCGCGGCCGUGGAGAACCACGUGAGGAAUAACCAAGUGCUGGGAAUCGGGAGCGGUCCUACAACUGUCCACGCCAUGCAGCGAAUAGCUGAAAGAGUGAAACAAGAGAAUCUGAACCUCGUCUGUAUUCCCACCUCCUUCCAGGCCCGUCAGCUCAUCCUGCGGUAUGGCUUAACUCUCAGUGACCUGGACCGACACCCAGAGAUGGAUCUUGCCAUCGAUGGUGCUGAUGAAGUUGAUGCUGACCUCAACCUCAUCAAGGGUGGUGGAGGCUGCCUGACCCAGGAGAAGAUUGUGGCCGGCAACGCCAGUCUCUUCAUCGUGAUUGCCGAUCUCAGGAAAGAUUCAAAGAACCUCGGGGAUCAGUGGCACAAGGGCAUCCCCAUUGAGGUCAUCCCUAUGGCCUAUGUCCCAGUGAGCCGAACUGUGACCCAGAAGUUUGGGGGCGUGAUUGAACUUCGCAUGGCCGUCAACAAGGCAGGUCCUGUGGUGACAGAUAAUGGGAACUUUAUCCUGGACUGGAAGUUUGACCGGGUCCACAAAUGGAGUGAAGUGAACACAGCCAUCAAAAUGAUCCCAGGCGUGGUGGACACGGGGCUGUUCAUCAACAUGGCGGAGAGAGUCUACUUCGGGAUGCAGGACGGCUCUGUGAACAUGAGGGAGAAGCCAUUCUGA